AUGCUAGUUGUAGACGGAGUUCUGAUGAAAAAAAACACCAUUAUAGAGCUAUGCGUGCUUCCAGAUAUGAGGGUUCACGACAUGAUGGCCGAAUUGGGCGGGCAGACAGACAAUCCUGUGUUUCUUGACACGGUUGGGAAUCUUAGGUUUGUGGCAGAUGCCCAGUACAUCUUAGGGUACAGGAAGUUCGUGAAGACGCUCCUAUCUCUGAGAUCUAGAAGAGGGUUUGUGCUAUUCAUCGACUCUAUCUCAUUUCUUGCAGACAAGUCCAUGACGAAUCUUCAGAGAAUCUACAAUGUCCUCUGGAUGCUGAUCUACGAGAACGACGCCACCGUUGUUGUAUCCAACCAUUACAAGGUUGUUAGCAGCACCAAUGGCGUAGGGCUUACUCCCAGAUUAGGGCAGAGGUGGAGGAUGAUGGUCAGCUACAGAGUCGUAUACACAUAUGUCGAAAACGAGGCUGUUGCAAAGGUCUACGGUGACGAGCUGCUUGGGACGGACCAGAAGCUCGGCCCUGUGCACAAAAGGCAUGAGCAAAAUUGA